UUUUAGGUCUUCAUUUCUGCCUCUACUAUAUAAUAAUUCUUCGUCGUCACCUCCAUUUUGCAUUGCGAUUCUCCCUCGCUUACCUUAUUAGCUUACCUUCAGCCCGAAAACCUAGGUUAAAGUGACGGUCACGCGCCGUCCGCCUUGGCAGGAUCCUUUGAUCGUCUGUCUUGGCCCUACAAUAGGAGUUGAAGGUUUUAGGAGUAUUUUACAGUUAUAUCAACUAAUUUAGCUGUGCUAGCUCUGUAACUGUACCAAUGGCACCAAAGGCGUCCAAGGCCGAGAAGAAGAUCUCUUAUGACGAGAAGCUCUGCCAAUUUCUGGAUGAGUACACCCAGAUAUUGAUUGCUGUGGCUGAUAACGUCGGAAGCAAUCAGCUCCAGAACAUUAGGAAGGGUCUUAGGGGCGAUUCGGUUGUGUUGAUGGGUAAGAACACUAUGAUCAAGCGGAGUAUUCGAGUUCACGCUGAGAAAACGGGAAACACUGCAAUCCUCAACCUCAUCCCUAUGUUGGUUGGAAAUGUUGGACUGAUCUUCACCAAGGGUGAUUUGAAAGAAGUGAGUGAGGAGGUUUCCAAAUACAAGGUUGGUGCUCCUGCUCGUGUUGGGUUGGUUGCCCCAAUUGAUGUUGUGGUCCCUCCAGGAAACACUGGUCUUGACCCAUCCCAGACCUCUUUCUUCCAAGUGCUUAAUAUCCCAACAAAGAUUAACAAGGGUACCGUUGAAAUCAUGACCCCUGUUGACCUCAUCAAGAAGGGGGAAAAAGUAGGAUCUUCUGAGGCUGCCCUUCUGGCAAAGCUUGGAAUUAGGCCGUUUUCAUAUGGCCUUGUUGUGAAUUCCGUGUAUGAAAAUGGUUCUGUCUUUAACCCGGAGGUCCUUGAUUUGACUGAAGAUGAUCUGAUCGAAAAGUUUGCUUUGGGUGUUUCUAUGGUCACAUCGCUUUCACUGGCUAUCUCUUACCCAACAUUGGCGGCUGCUCCUCACAUUCUCAUCAAUGGAUACAAGAAUAUCCUUUCUGUUGCUGUUGAGACUGACUAUUCUUUCCCAAUGGCUGAUAAAGUGAAGGAGUAUCUUAAGGACCCUUCCAAGUUUGCUGUUGCUACUGCUUCUGUUUCCACAACCGCUGCUGGUUCCACUCCUGCAGCUUCUGCUGAAGAGAAGAAAGAAGAGCCUGAGGAAGAGUCCGAUGAGGACAUGGGCCUCGAUCUCUUUGGUUAAAAUUUGAUGCCUUGGGUUCAUCAUGGCUAGGCUUGAAUUAGUUUAUUGUUUUGGUUAUGCCGGAAUUGUUAUAAUGUUUUGCUCAAGUUUUGUUUUGUUUUUAAAUUUUAUUUAGAAUUCAGCAACAAGAUUUUCUCAUCAAUUUAAUUCAUUUCCUUGUUUGGUAUCCUUGCUUGGUUGCACAUGCGACUUGUUUGUUGCGCCUUUUAUUGAGUCGAUGUCACCUUUUGGUUUAGGAAAAAUUCACACUAAUAAUCCC